AUGGCGGCGGCGUCACCUCGAGUAGAGAUAGAAAAGAUGCCAAUCGAGCAAUUGAAGGGAUUGAAAGAGCAAGCCGAUCUGGAGGUAAAUCUGUUUCAGGACAGCCUCAACAACAUUCGCACUGCCACUGCCCGCCUUGAGCUCGCAUCCGCCGCCCUUCACGACCUCUCCCUCCGCCCUCAAGGUCGUCUCACUACCUACCCUUGCACCUUGGCUUCUGUCAUCAUUUUAUUUAUGAUUUAUAUUUUCACAAAAUUAUGGGAGAGGAUAUCUCUCUUGAGGUUGAAAGCAAGCCUGUUGGAUAAGUCUGACGGGCUUUCUUCGUGGAAUAACACCCGAUACAAAUGUUGUAACUGGCAAGACGUAAAGUGUGAUAAAGCGACUGGGCAUGUUAUCGGGCUUGAUCUCAGAAAUCGAGUUCUGGAUAAUUAUGGGGACCCGAGCUCUGAUAGCAUGUUACAAAGUGAAACACUUGAUUCUUCCUUGCUUGAAAUGAAGCAUCUCAAGUACCUUGACUUGAGUGCGAAUAAUUUCAAGGACAGCUCGAUUCCAUCAUUCCUAGGAUCAUUAAACAAACUGCAAUAUCUCAAUCUCUCAAAUGCAGGCUUUGGAUGUGUUAUCCCUCACCAGCUCGACAACCUCUCAACCUUGUGUGCACUUGAUCUUGGUGGACUGUUAUCUUCUCUAAGAGUCGACAAUCUCAUAUGGGCUGCUAUUCUUUCAUUGCUGGAGUCCCUUGAUAUGUGUCAUGUCAACCUUAGCACCACAAAUGAUCACCUUGCGACGUUUCCUAAAGAACUUGGUGAACUGAAGCAGCUAAAGGAGUUAGAUUUGUCUGAUAACAAGUUGACUAGUCCAAUCCCAAUAAAUUUAUCAAGAUGCUGGAUCCACAACAUGGAGAACCUAGAGUUGUGGAGCAAUAAUUUUUACGGGCAGUUGCCUGAAGAACUUGGCAAACUGAAGCAGUUAAAAUGGUUAGAUUUGUCUGAUAACAAGUUGUCUGGUCCAAUUCCAACUAUUGUGGGACAACUUUCAGAUUUGGAGUGGAUUGACAUAUAUGGUAAUACCUUUGAAGCAAUGGAAAACUAUGGGCUCAAUGCAUUAAGUGAAGUCUUGAAGGGAGUGGUGCUGGAGUAUAGCGAAAAUACACGAUUCUUGGUCAAUUUUGAUCUUUCAAGUAAUCAACUAGUUGGAGAAAUCCCUUUGGAGCUGACAAACCUCACUGACUUGAUCGGUCUCAAUUUGUCUCAUAAUCAUCUAAGAGGACAAAUCCCAUUGAAGAUUGGAGAUAUGGUCUCUCAUGAAUCACUUGAUCUUUCCAACAACUAUUUGUUUGGAACAAUUCCAUAG